AUGCCUUUCGCAGGGGCGUAUAUGUCGUACAACUUGGGUGGCGUGCCUACGUCUUUCUUCUUCUUUCUACGAGCUCUGCUUCGCACAUCAUCCUCAGCGUCCGAGCCCAUGGGCGACCACACGGGGCUCGGCUCCUCGUUCAUCAUCCAGCGCUGCGCGCGCCCAAGAGCCCGCCUGCGCAGACCAAUCAUGGCAAGCAUCCCGCCGACGAACAGGCCGAUGGCGAGGAAAGCAAGGAUGAGCGCAGCGGUGCCAUUUGCGGAGAAGGACGGAGCGCCGCCAGAUCCCGACGAGGAGGAGGAAGAGGAGGAGGAAGAGGCAGAACUUGAAGUCGUGCUCGUCGUUGCGGAUGUCGUGACCGCCGUCGACAUUGCGGACCUAGUUGCGGACGGGCCAACCGCCAUGGUUGUCCAGGCUAGUCCAGAUUAG